AUGUCUUCCUCAUCGAACACUGCUCUCAAAACGCUCAUAUCACGUUGCGACAAUAAUAGUCUCUAUGACUACACGUCGCGCUUCGUUCCAGAGCUGGCUCUCCUCGGCUACACAGAUGUAGCAGCGCGCCUGACAAGCAAACUCAACAACUAUGACUUCUACCACGACCGACUCGGAAGCCUUCGGCCUCUUUGGUUUCUAUGGGAUCUGCGUGCGAAGGAAGAUGGUGUGCCAUGGCCUGAUGGAGAGGAAGAUAAGGUGCGCCGGGCUGUGAGGGACAGACGAGCCAAGACCAGCAGCGACGAUGCUCGAAACAGGAACGACGGAACAAUAACAUCAGACGAUGUAGAAGAGCAGCUUCGGUUUACCGCGAAAGAGUUUGCGUCGAAAUGGUAUUACCCGACUGAGAUGCCAGGGCCAGGUCUUGCAGAAGCAUUCCAUGCCCACGAGCUCGAUCGCUCAGCCACCACUUCUCAGAUGCUCGAUGGUGCGAUAGAUGUCAUCCAUAGCUUUGAGAUUGCACGUCCGGCACCUAACAUCCGAGAUGCGAGAAGCGGGCUGGUGAGCAUGCUGGACUUAGUCUUAACGGUUGAGGCACACUAUGAACAGCACGGCAUGCGCGAAAUACAGCGUAAGUCGGGCGCCCGGACAUCCCAUAAGAUACUGCAUUGGCUAGCGCACAGUCUUGGAGAACGGUCGUACGAGACUCAACCAGCGAUGGAGUCCAGGCAGGCAUGGAGGCUGUACAAAAGUGGAGCGCUGAGACAACAACUCAACAUCGAUGAAGCAGCGCUCGCAACCUUCGCAAAAGACUUUGAGAACGCUUUGACCGAGCGACUCACAAAUGGUCGAACUAGAACGAGAGCAGAUAUGUCCAUGCAAGAACUCUUGAAAGCGGCAGAAUACAAUACAAAAUACAAUGCCGAAGCCAAAGAAGUCAAUCCCGAGCCCCCCGAAACCUGGCUCUUUCACUCUCCAGCCACCGACUCGCAGAUUGAAGAAGCCGAAACACGGCUCAACACCACCUUGCCAGCCGACUAA